AUGUCUGAGACAUCUGAUUUGAAAGCUCGAUUAGUAGAGCUACGGGACCAACUUAAAUCGGUAGUCGACACUUACAGCACAUUAUGUAUCUAUUUACGUGAAGUUGAAUCUCUCUCCGACUAUGUAGCCUCGGAUUAUUACGAGCUACAAAGCCCUUCAGAAGAAAUGAUCCAACGCCUGAAUGAAUGGCGUUCUUUAGAGCGGCGUAUAUUGAAUGCAAUGAAUUAUCACAGUCAACGCAACUUCACAUCCUACAAAAAUGCAGAGAAAACAUUCAUUAAGAAGCUACAUAAAUCCAGUGAGGGUAUCGUACCAAAGCGGGAUUGCGGCAUCCAUUUAAAGGUUCAUCGCUUCAAAGAGGGGGUCAUCGCCAUGAAGUAUGCCACUGAGGCACGCCGCAGAGUAACGAAUAUCGCUGAUUUCAUGGUACAGGUCAAACAAAUAUCAGGCCAUGAACCAGAUGAUUAUUGCGAUAAUUUAAUAAUACUACAAGCAUUAACGGAGUGGACCAAGGAAGUUGUUAAGGACGCUGUCCGUUGCACGGCAAGUUCCGCGGAAAAGUUCAGGGACGAAGAAUCUAAUGGUCAAAUAGUUUAUUCAAACGAGGUGAUAUGUAAGAUCAUAGGGUUUUGUGCCGAAAACACAAAGGUCGACAGUACAUCGGAAUCCCGCAUAGCUGAGCUAAUAGAAAAAAUGUUAAUUCACUAUAAUUCAUCCAAAUCAAGGUCGUCAGACUCCUCUACAGCCAUGAAGGAGUAUACAAAUACAUCGCAAAUUACAUACUAUCUUUUCAAUCUACUCCGGGAUUUGGCUACGGGCAAAGUUGUAGCGAAUGAACGACUUGAGCGAUUUCUUAAUGUUUGUCAACAGCUCAACCUACAAGUGUAUGUAUCACCUCCAAUUCAUGUAUAUCGACAUCAGGAGUAUUUUUGCAACGUAACAAAAUCAUGUGAAUUCGUCGAGCUAGUGCACUCAACACAGCAGAAGCUACUGAGAACGGUAUCUGCAACUUUCGCCACCGAACUAUUACGUCACAUAUUGAAAGUAAUUCAAUGUCCGGAUUGGAAAACUAUAGAGAUACGAGGGAUACUUACAGCUGUUCGCGCCGCCAAAUAUCUGUCAGACCCAAGCAAGAAGAAGCUAUUGGGGAUUUGGGACAAACCGCCAUUCAUUAAGUGA